AGUGUGGACUCAGUCUCCCCAGACCCAAGAGCACCCGUCAUGAGGCCCCCAACCCUCCUGCUGCUGCUCUCAGGAGCCCUGGCCCUGACAGAGACCCUGGCAGGCUCCCACUCCCUGAGGUAUUUCUCCACCGCGAUGUCCCGGCCCGGCCUCGGGGAGCCCCGCUUCAUCGCCGUGGGCUCCGUGGACGACACGCAGUUCGCGCGGUUCGACAGCGCCGCGGCGGGGCCGAGGAUGCAGCCGCGGGCGCCCUGGAUGGCGCAGGAGGGCCCGGGGUACUGGGAGGAGGAGACGCGGAGAUCGAAGGCCAACGCGCAGAUGUUCCGAGUCAGCCUGAACAACCUGCGCGGCUACUACAACCAGAGCGCGGCCGGCUCUCACACCCUCCAGGGGAUGCACGGCUGCGACGUGGGGCCCGACGGGCGCCUCCUCCGCGGGUACAGUCAGUUCGCCUACGACGGCGCCGAUUACCUGGCCCUGAACGGGGACCUGCGCUCCUGGACCGCGGCGGACAUGGCCGCGCAGAUCUCCCGGCGCAAGUGGGAGGCUGAGGGAGUGGCGGAGCGAUUCAGGAACUACCUGGAGGACACAUGCGUGGAGUGGCUGCGCAGAUACCUGGAGCACGGGAAGGACACGCUGCAGCGCGUAGAGGCCCCAAAGACACAGGUGACCCGCCUCCCCACCUCUGACCAGAAGGUCACCCUGAGGUGCUGGGCCCUUGGCUUCUACCCUGCGGACAUCACCCUGACCUGGCAGCGAGAUGGGAAAGACCUGACCCAGGAGAUGGAGCUGGUGGAGACCAGGCCUGGGGGGGAUGAAAACUUCCAGAAGUGGGCAGCUGUGGUGGUGCCUUCUGGAGAGGAGCAGAGAUACACGUGCCAUGUGCAGCAUGAGGGGCUGCUGGAGCCCCAAUUCCUGACUUGGGAUCCCUCUCUUCAGCCCCUCGACUCCGCUGUGGACAUCGUUGCUGCCCUGGUUCUCCUUGGAGCUGCGCUCACUGGAGUUGCACUGGUGCAGCUGUGAUGUGGAGGAAGAAGCGCUCAGAUAGGGAAGGAAGUG